AUGCUUUCUUGCAUAACUCAUCUUGCUCUUGAACUUUGUGUACGUUCAUUAUUUUCUUAUUCAAGUUUUAAGUUAGGCGAACCUUCUUGCUCGGUUACAAUAGUUUAACUAGUGGUGUAAUGCCAGUGUCUUAACGAAAUGAAGGAUUAUUUGAUGCGUAUUGUUGUCUACGGUUUUCUGGCAUUUCCUGUCUGGGCAGAGGAUACAGCUAAAGUUGUUGGCCAGUCAGAACCAGUUGUGGCCACCGUAGAUGAUGAUGUCAUCCUUCCUUGUACUCUGAGAACUAUCGUCAGAACCAUCAACGCUGUUGAAGAAGCCGUGGUGUGGCAGAGACCUGACCUCAAACCUAAAGAGGUGCAUUUCUACCGUAGCCGUGACGACUACAAUGAUGACCAGAAUAACAAUUACAGAGGAAGGACGUCUCUGUUUAAGGAAGAACUGAAGAACGGGAACAUCUCCUUAAAACUGACCGGGGUGAAACUCUCUGAUGAUGGCAUAUACAUCUGUUUUAUUCCUACUCUGAAGAGCCUCAACCAGAAAGCCUCUGUUCAACUCAGUGUUGGUGCUGCAUCUAAACCACAGAUCACUGUGUUUGGAGUUGAUCCCAUGGGAGUCAUCCUGAAGUGUGAGGCUGGAGGGUUGAUGUACGGACCUGAGAUGACCUGGUUGAAUAGUGAUGGAAACAUCCUCCCUGAUGGACCUACAGAGACAGAGACAGACUCAGAUGGUCGCUACACUGUGAGAGGACAUGUGACCAUCCAGAAGACUGACAACAACAAGUUCACCUGUAGAGUUCAACAGCAUCAGAUCAACCACAAGAUGGAGACAGAGAUUCAUGUCCCAGAUCAAAUGUUUUCUGAACCCUGGUCUUACUGGAGUCAGUCCUACUGGUGGGCCUGGCUGAUUGGUGGUCUGACAGGAGGAGCUUGUGGAAUUUAUUGGGGUCUGCCUCUGUAUGGAUAUAUCCGCUAUAAGAUCAAUGAAUGGAUACGUAAAAAAAGGAACAGAGAUACGACUGAUGAUGAGGAUUCACCCAUGAGUGGAGUUGAGGAUGGGAAUAAGGAGGCUGUGCAGACUGGAUCAUGAAGAAAUCAACUGGAUCAUGAAGAAAUCAACUUUCUAACUGAGAAAACCAGUAUUUAUUAUGGGUGUGCGGUACCACAAAAUGUGGGUUUUAUCCGAUACUAAGUAAUACAGGGCCAGAAUCACUGAUAUCAAUACCAAUACCAACACUUUUUAUUAUUAAAAGCGGCUUGUAUGGGGAGAGCUUUUUGUAAUAUCCAGAGAUCUUGGGGAAUCACUUAUGUGAAAUAAAAUAAUUAGAUCUAUAGCCAAAGACAGACUAGGUAUUUCCAUAUUUCAGGUUGGAGGUAAUACAUAAGUUUACACACAAGUCUUCCCUACUCCUGCAGAGUGAGGUGUUUUCUUCAAGUCACACUGUACGUUGAAGGGCAUGUUGGGAAUGUCACCACAUGGAGCUGUCACUUUUGUAUCCUCUUUGUAUGUUGGUUCUGUGAGUGACAAGGCGAUAGUUAAGCCGUCAGGAAUUCAUUCCUGAUUGUGGCCUUAAUGGUGGAUGAGGCAGAGCCAGCAUUUCUGCCGAGGCGCACACAGGUGCCAGCACAGAGGUUAUAGAGAUCCUAACCAUUGCCAGGCUUGUCAAAAGGAUGAUCCACAGAGUAAAGGAGCACAAGCUGUUUGACACAGUCACUCCUCUGACCAUCUCAGGCAGCAUCAACCAACUGUUUGCAUUGUCAUGCUUGCUGGUCAACAAUCAAAAUGGACCUUUGGUCAGAUCAUGGGCCAAGGCCGUGUAAAUGGACCUUUGGUCAGAAUAUGGGCCAAGCCUGUGUAAAUGGACCUUUGGUUUUGAUUUGGGUCACUUUGAUUUGGAUCAAUCGUUGGAGAGAUGCUUUGGCGAUUCAUGCAUUCUUUUCUUAAAGACAACCAUCUGCGUAUUUAAAUAAUAGCUACAUGUAAUUAAAUGUUUAUUGGAUAUUACCUGAUUUUGUGCCUACCAAUAGGCUGUAGGGUACUUUGCAAAUGAGAAAUAUAAAUUGUGUAAUAUGUAGAUGAAAUAUAUCAGUUGCUUGUAACAUUGCAUUACUCUGUAUAUACAUUUUUUCCGGACCGCAGUCAUAGAUGCAUUGUUGCUGUUUGUGGUGGAGGUAAACAUUUCAAAUGUGGCGUGAUGUUAACACGUGAUGAAAAGAGCUUAUCUCAAGAUGCUAUAGCAACACUGGGUGAAUGUUUAGAAUCAUGGUGUAGUGUUUAAAGACACAGCCACUCACUUGGGCGACCCGGGUAUGAUCUUGUAUUGGCAUUAAUAAGAAAAUGAGUUGUAGUGAACGCCAAACAAAAUGAAAGAUUCAAUACAAUGUCAGUCUAAUACAGAAAAUAUGUAAAUAUGAACUGUUAUUAACUGAACUGUUGAAAUGAUACACAUUAAAAUCUAUUCUUUAUACAACCCAAAUAAUUUUUUUUUUAUAU